AUGUCGGGUCUCCAAGCUUUCAUGUCUGAUUUUAACUCAAUGUACUCCAGCUUUUCCUCUGGCACAGGUGGUGUUGAGUCUGGCCACACACCUCACAUGUCUACCCCCUUGCCGACAACGUGGAACGAUGAGAAUCAAUUCAACGAUUUAGACAAGCGACUGCAGGAGCGGAUUCGUGUACUGGAGCUCCGCAUCAUGCAGCUGGAGCGCCAAGUCUGGCGAAGGCCGUAUGCGUCUUCAUCCAUGGCUUUGCCCUUCACACCUACCAGUGAGGCGUCUCUAUCAAGCACAUCGUCGUCUUGUACAGACACCCUUGCCACGCCAUCGUCUGGUCGCUUCAAAUCGUACACCCCCCUUGAUCAUACUGUAGCGCGAUGCCCGUCCACCCCUGAUCCAUUCAAUCCGUUCUGGCCCAUCCUUGAAGAAGAGGAGUCCAUUCCACUGCCUGGUAGGUAUUGGGACUGA